AUGAACAAUUUCAAGCUAUUGCGAGCCAAUACGCUCUCUAUUUUAAGAGGUAAUUGUUUUCGAUACAACAGCACGAAUAACACAAUAAGAACAUUGUAUACAAGCCCAAUAUUACGUAGUCCAUCCAAUGUUUUUAGCGAAGUCACUAAACUUGUAGACAAUAAGGAUUCUGCACUUUCACAGAGAAUGGAGGAUGUUCGAUUGGAUAAUGAUGAUGAGAAAGAGAUUGAUAUUAGCAAAAUUACUAUUCACAAUGACGAAUCAUUUCAAAAAUAUAUAAAAUCCUUAUACCCUGAACCAACUGCUGCGCCAAAAUUAUACUUAUCAGCUCUAAAAUAUCGAAUCUAUAAGGAAAAUUGUAAACAAAAUAGGGGAAUAUACAACCCAUUAACCGAGGUCAAACUACCUGACUCUCCAUAUCGCUAUAAAUUAAAUUUAACAAAAGAAGAAAUAGAUGCAUUAGAACCUUCUGUCUAUAUGAAAUCUACAAGAAUAAAGUCUUCAAUGAAAAAAGCCACUGUUCUAUUAAGAAUGCUUCGUGGCUUAGAUGCACGUGCAGCAUUAACACAAUGCCAUUUCUCAGAUAAAUUAAUUGCUAGAGAUGUUGCUAAAUUACUAGAAAAGGGUAUCCAGCAUGGGAAGGAUUUGGGUCUUAAAGCCGAUGAUCUAUACAUUGCACAGAUAUGGGUUGGAAGUGAUGGUAAAUGGGUUAAGAGACUAGACUAUAAGGGGAGAGGUAGAACAGGGAUAAUACAUCAUCCAUAUGUUCAUAUUAGAGGUAUCUUAAAAACAAAGAGUAUUACUAAACAAAGACUCCAAAUAGAGAAGAAGCUAAAACAACAAAAGAGUAAACCUUGGGUACAAUUAAGAGAUGCUCCAAUAAGAGGUGAAAUUCCAGGCGUUUAUAUGUGGUAG